AGCUGCCAUUCGGCGCAAGGAGGCUUUCGAGCUCCCACAAUGCACCGGCACUCCGCGGGAAACCAAAAUGGCGAAGGGCCGUAGCGAAGCGGGGUUGUGUUGGAGGCGGGUGUGAGAACCCCCCCCCUCCUCCGUCCCCGUCCCCCUCAACCUUCCUCUCAAACCUCACUCCUUAGGACCUCGGCGUGUGUUUUCUUGUGUGUGCAGCCCGGUGUGGCGGGUGCCUGGCGAGGGCGCAGAGUCUGGGGGGGGGGAAACGCCCAGGGGGACGUGAUUUUAUUUUACUUUUUAUUUUUUAAUUUUUUAAUUUUUAUUUUUAUUUUUUCCUGUAUGAAGCUAUUGGCACCACUGAAGUGACCGAAUGAGAGACUCUACAGGGGCGUGUAAUUCAUUGGUCCAUAAGCGGUCUCCUUUACGUCGAAACCAAAAGACCCCGACAUCCUUGACCAAACUGUCUUUACAGGAUGGACAGAAAGCCAAAAAGCCAGCAUGUAAAUUUGAAGAAGGUCAGGAUGUCCUAGCUAGAUGGUCAGAUGGCUUAUUUUAUCUUGGAACUAUCAAAAAGAUAAACAUAUUGAAACAGAGCUGCUUCAUCAUAUUUGAAGAUAGUUCUAAAUCCUGGGUUCUCUGGAAGGACAUACAAACAGGAGCCACUGGAAGUGGGGAAAUGGUCUGUACAAUAUGUCAGGAAGAGUAUUCAGAAGCUCCUAAUGAAAUGGUUAUAUGUGAUAAGUGUGGGCAAGGAUAUCAUCAGUUGUGCCAUACACCUAAUAUUGAUUCCAGUGUGAUUGACUCUGAUGAAAAAUGGCUUUGUCGACAAUGUGUUUUUGCAACAACAACAAAGAGGGGUGGUGCGCUUAAGAAAGGACCAAAUGCCAAAGCGUUACAAGUCAUGAAGCAGACUUUACCCUAUAGUGUGGCAGACCUAGAAUGGGAUCCAGGUCAUAAAACCAAUGCUCAACAGUGUUACUGCUACUGUGGAGGCCCUGGAGACUGGUAUUUAAAAAUGUUGCAGUGCUGCAAAUGUAAGCAGUGGUUUCACGAGGCUUGUGUGCAAUGCCUUCAAAAGCCAAUGUUAUUUGGUGACAGAUUUUAUACAUUCAUUUGCUCUGUCUGUAGUUCUGGACCAGAAUACCUCAAACGUCUGCCCCUACAAUGGGUAGAUAUAGCACACCUUUGCCUUUACAACCUAAGUGUUAUUCACAAGAAGAAAUACUUUGAUUCUGAACUUGAACUUAUGACGUACAUUAAUGAGAACUGGGAUAGAUUGCACCCUGGAGAGCUGGCAGACACACCAAAAUCUGAAAGAUAUGAGCAUGUUCUGGAGGCAUUAAAUGAUUACAAGACCAUGUUUAUGUCAGGAAAAGAAAUAAAGAAGAAGAAACAUUUAUUUGGAUUAAGAAUUCGUGUUCCUCCUGUGCCACCAAACGUGGCUUUUAAAGCGGAGAAAGAACCUGAAGGAACAUCUCAUGAAUUCAAAAUUAAAGGCAGAAAAGCAUCUAAACCUAUACCUGAUUCAAGGGACAUAAGUAAUGGUAUAGAAAAGAAAGGAAAGAAAAAAUCUGUAGGUCGUCCACCUGGCCCAUAUACAAGAAAGAUGAUUCAAAAGACUUCUGAACCCUCUUCUUUGGAAAAGGAAUCAGUUCCAGAGAAUCCUGUCUUGGAUUUACCUUCCUCUAUAGGGAAGCCUGAUGGAACUGCACAUUCAUCCAAUACCUCAGAUGUGGAUUUCACGGGUGCUGCCAGUACAAAAGAAACUACCUCAUCUACUAUUCCCAGGCAUUAUGGGUUACCUGACUCCAGAAAGAGAACUCGAACAGGAAGAUCGUGGCCUGCUGCAAUACCACACCUGCGGAGGAGAAGGGGGCGCCUUCCUCGGAAAGCACUCCAAACGCAGAAUUCUGAAAUUGUGAAAGAUGAUGAAGGCAAAGAAGAUUAUCAGUUCGAUGAACUUAAUACAGAGAUUCUUAAUAAUUUAGCAGAUCAGGAAUUACAGCUUAAUCAUCUAAAGAACUCUAUUACCAGUUAUUUUGGUGCUGCAGGUAGAAUAGCAUGUGGUGAAAAAUAUAGAGUAUUGGCUCGCCGGGUGACACUUGAUGGAAAGGUGCAGUAUCUGGUGGAGUGGGAAGGAGCAACUGCAUCCUGACUGUAGGACUGACUGAACAUUAUGUUCACUGCACUCGCAUCUUCUGUAGGUACAGUUCAGAGCCCUGAAGGAGCUGGCUUUUACUCUCUUUCUGAAAACACACACAUACACACACAACCACACAACUACACACACACACACACACACACCAAACAUCACAAGGAAAUAUUAGCCUUAACAUGUACCUGUUAACAAAAUGGAUAUUGUCAUGAAAACUAUCUUUUAAAAUCAGAACAGAGACUUAAUUUUUUAAUCUUAAGAUUUGUAGAUUGUUUCUAGGAUAGAUAUUAAAAUGAUUCAAACUCAUGCAUGGUAGAUAAUUUUUCUAGAUAUUUCAUUGAGUCAGUUCUUGUGAUUAGUGGGUUUCAGUGCAAACAGAUCAAGUAGAUAGCACAAGUCUUUGGAGAAACAUUGUCUGUUUUGUUACCAAAAUGUUUGCAGAAAUGAAUUUCUAUUUCAAUACCUUUUAGAUUUCGUAAAGUGCAGUGUAUAUAAUGCCUACUGAAAGACUGUAAAAUAUUGAAAUUUUUCUUUCAAGCAAAGUGUAAAAAAUAUAUUGAGCCUGUAAAUUGCUCCAUGACUAGACUUCAUUGUCGUCUUAAUAUAUUCUUUGCAUGUGCAUAUAUAUAUAUAUAUACAUAACUAUAUGUAUAUAUAUAUGUGUGUGAUUAUGUGACCUAUGCAAUACAAAUUAUGGGAAUGGGCAGCUUUGGAGUAUAUAUAUAUAUAUCCCAUAAUUCUUUUUUCAGGAAUAGUUGCAGUAUUUACACAGCAGCAUUUCUUCUCAGGCUUUAUCAGGUGCUGUUGCUUGCUAUGUAUGAAGAGAAAUAUGUCAAACCAGUGCAGUGUGUUCUGAUGGAAGGGUGUGAACAACAGUGUUCAUGGGCUUCAUGUAAUGCUUUUCAGUUCUGGUCCUUGUAACUCAGCUGUUCAGAACCUAAAACAAAACUCAAAUAUGAACAUUAUCUCCUUCUAGAAGUAACGUAUUCAAGUUUUUGUGGCACAUUAUGAUUGUAAAUGUCUCCCAGUUUUAACAAGUCUGUAGGGAUUCCACAAAAGAUUCCUACAGUGUCUGUAGUGAUGUUAGUCAUGUUUGAUAAAUGUAGUAUGAACAAAGUAUUUUAUUGCACAGGGUUCACAAACAGUAUGUUGCCUGUUUAGGCUACCACUGUUUUUAUUACAACAUUACCUCUUGUUUUUAUAAAAUGUACCAAGUUUUAAAUUGAUAACUUUAUUUUACAUGUAAAAAGACAAUUUUUUUUUAUCACCAGUGUUAGAUGUAUUUUCUUUGACUUUUUCCUUUAUUUUUGUUUUAUUUGGGGGUUUUUUUAGCCAAAGAGUAAACAGAAGAAUAUUCGUAUUUUGGUGGCUAUUCAUUUUACUCUUAAAAAUGACUGAUGUUGUUUAGCUUAAAAGUUGGAAAUUUGCCACCAAAAUGAAAAAAAAAUAUGUCAAAUGUCAUAGAAGAUUGGUUAAAAAUGUGGGUUAGUGUUUAUUUAUUCCAUUAAUUGAUUAUUUGACUGUUUUUAAAGAAAGUCGCUUUAUUUCCUUAAACAUCUUCAAAAGAUGACUUCUUCCUGUCACAUCGUAGCCAAAAGAAGCAGAGAACGUGGUUGUCCUUGCGCUUGGUUCUUGGUCAGCCAGAUAUAAAGGAGUUUACAAAAGUGCAAACUAAAAACUCACUUCUGUUUGCUGCUGCCAGAACCUGAUUUUUCCCCCUAGCUGUUCAUUUGAAGUUGCCUUUCUUGCAGCUGCAAUAUUUUGAUAACACAGAGUUUGUGUUGAUUUUUGAAUGUUUGUUUAAAUCUAGGGGUAAUGGAAAAGUGUAAAUCCCGUGUAACAUGAUUCACUCCACUUGUGUUCACAUUAUUUCAUUCUCCCAAAGUCCUUUAAUUCUAACUGAACACCAGCAGUAUUUGUAGUAAAGCUCUCUAUAAUAUGCUUGAAGACAAUUUAUCCAGCUAAACUGUCUUUAGAUUUAAUUAUUGUGAAUGUCUUUUGAUUUUAUCUUGGGUGGUUCACAUGGCUCUGAUGUUCAGUUUGUAUUUUUGGAAUUGCUUUACUUAGAAUUAAAACAGACCAACAUUAAAUUGUGUGUAUUUUUAAAAGAGAUAAUGAGUUUUGCUUUUGUAUUUGCUUGAAAAUACACACUGGUGCAGUGAUUACUGCUCUUAGCCAUGGAGGUAAGGAUUUUCCAACUCCACUGCUAAUAUAUCUAGUUCUUUUACUACCCUCAUUCUCCCCCUUGCCCUCCAAAGUAAGUAAGUAAUUAUUUUAAGUCCAUCUUGAAUUGCCUGCUUAACAUUUAGCCAUCCUACAUUUUAGAUAUUUGGAAAUUAUAUAUUUCCUCUCUCAAAAAAAUAUAACCCUAUUAAAUCUUCAGCUUGUUUUCCAACUUUUGCUCAUAUUGGGAAAUCUACAAGACAGGAGGAAUCAGGGUCCUUUAUGUUAGGAUGCUCCAGAGUUAGAUUUUAAAGUUUGCUACAUACUGAAAAGGAAGAUGUAAUACCAAUUUUUAAAAUUUGUUUUGUCCAGAGUGAAAUUGUCGUGUUUAAGGAAGUUUAUUUUUAACUGUGGCUUUCUUUAUUCUGCUACUGAGAAAUUACUAAUCUUUGGAAUCUCAGAUAAAUGUGAUCAGAAUGCAAACAUCAAAAUAAUGCUAGUAAAUACUCAUGUCUUUUGUAAGAUGUAAUGCAGUUGUCAAGGUCUUCUAUAUUCUUGUAUCAAACUUUGCCAAGAAGUGAGAUCAAACUAGAAGUGCGAGAGACCAUUUUUGUAUUUUGUGUGUGUUUAUGUACAGUAUAUGUUUGAUAAUGUAGAAUGUACAACAACUCUUUCUUGCUGAGGCUUUUACUGUAUACUGUUAGGAGACAUCGGAUUUGUAUAAAUAACAAUAGGCUGUCAUAUAUGGUGGUUAUAUAGAUUGGGAGUGGUCUUGUGAUUGAUUGAAAAGGAAAUGUCUUUCUGUAAUUUUGAAAAGUAAAUUUUUAAAUGAC